AUGGGUGAGCACGAGCUUCUCGAUAUGCUUCUCACGCAACUGUCACUGCGUGCCAAAGAAGCCAACCAUUUUGAGACACUCUUCCCGGUCCUGCAGUUGAUCCACCAGCGGCUCCUGGUCUCAACACCGGACUCGGGCAGUCCGCGCCUGGCGGGCGCCAUGCAACGAAAUAUGGAGAAGAUAAUGUCCAAGAUGAGAUGCAGCAAGUUGAUCAGCUUCGUGCAAACGAACCCCAGCGUGGAUUCCUUUUUUAUGCGUCAGCUAGAAGAUGGCUUGAACGGCUCGAGGCCGGUCAUCAACACUGCGACCUCAUUGUGGCUUUGA